GUUUGAACAACCAGCGAUCUGUCAUGCCUGUACAAACCGCGCGGCGCCGUUGCCUAGUAACGGACAAGGUUCAGGCGACGCCGAAUGGCGGGUCAGUCGGGAGGGGGUCGGGCACACACAACACGGCACCGGCGUCGGAAAGGUGAGAGAGCAGGCCCCCCGGCCACUCACAGAUCGUACUGACAACGUUCAGCAGAAUGCCUUGGCCAAGACAUUUCGUCUGAAGGCUACGCUUAGAACCGUUGUACCAAGGAAAAGGUACUCUCUCUCAGCAAGAUUUUCCCCUCACCCGUACGUCUUGUCAAGGAGGUUUAAAAUCAACCUUCUUGGUCUUGUACAGCAUUUCUCAACAAGUAACAUCGCUGCUGAGCACUAGGUAUCAUCUUAAGGCAGAACAGGCCCCAUCCGGUGACCUGUGAGGCCGGGAUCGGAAGGAAAACAAGACUUUAAGGACCUUCGGUGAACCAGACGUUUAUGCCAGGCGUUGCCGAGAAGGGUGCCGCAAACCAGGAUGUGUAGAUGGGGAUGCACUACCACGGACACGAGCUACAUGUGUCGAUACUGCGGAACCCGUUAUUGCAAGGAGUGUCUACAUGGAGAGUUCCCAGGAGAGAUGAAGGCACCCGACAUAUGCCGCAUGUGCAAUCAGCCCAACUGCCAGGGCCAGCGGGUAGAAUACGUCCCUGGGCACGAGUACCCUCGGGAAGGCGACAAGAAACGGGGCAAAUCCGGCAAGAAAUCGGGCAAAAAGGGCAAGAAAUCUGGAAAAAAGAAGGGCAAAAAAUCCGGGAAGAAGGGAAAGAAAUCUGGGAAGAAGAAGAAAAAGAAGUAGCAAGAUUUUUCUUAAUUCCUUGUACUCCGUCCUCAUCUCGUACCCAGAGUAGUUUGGUAGGAUGAGAGCAUUGGAAACCGUAUUUAUAAUCAUCGUCAUAAGUUCAUAACUUUAUUAAUGUUAAUAACCUUGUAAAUGGCUCUAUGUAUAUUUCAACUUAGCAAAACGUAUAUUACAAAGUAGCCAACAGUGACUGUGGUCUAUUUCUAGUGUCAGUAAAGUUAUGUGCCAAAAAACAGGGUAAGAGGUCAAUUGGCAAUGUGUAAUACCUUGUUAAGAAUGUUGACAACAGAAUGUUUUUCA